AUGGGUCGGCUGAAGUCUCUGCACCGAACACUCAACAAAAAUCCAGAGAUGAAAUCUCAUUUUAUGGACUUUAUGCAAAAAAUGCUGGACAGCCACCACGCAGAGCUUGCUCCUCCCAUGCAAGAUGGGAAGGAGUAUUGGUACCUGCCCUUUUUUGGUGUCUACCACCCACAAAAACCCUCACAGAUCCGUGUGGUGUUUGAUUCGAGUGCACAGUUUGAAGGCAAGUCACUCAACAACGUGCUGCUCUCUGGGCCGAACAUGAACAAUAGCCUGCUAGGGGUUCUUAUAAGGUUCAGGAAGAACUCAGUUGCAUUCACAGCUGACAUACAACAAAUGUUUCAUUGUUUUCUCAUCCGAGAAGACUGCAGGGAUGUUCUACGCUUUCUCUGGCACAGAGAUAAUGACCUGAGUAAAGAGGUGGUGGACUACAGAAUGAGGGUGCAUGUCUUCGGAAACAGUCCCUCUCCUGCUGUGGCCAUCUACGGAUUACGAAGAGCUGCCCGCCAGGGAGAAGAACUGUAUGGCAGUGAUGUGCGGUACCUCACUGAUCGAGAUUUCUAUGUGGAUGAUGUCCUCAAGUCCGUCUCCACCGUGGAGCAAGCAGUCGAUCUACUCAAAAGAACACAGAAGAUGCUGGCAGCCUCCAACCUCCGGCUCCACAAGGUAGCCUCCAACAAAGCCGAUGUGAUGGAUGCAUUUCCAGUUGAAGAUCGCGCCAAAGACAUCCAGGAUCUUGACCUGUUUGUAGAUGACUUACCAGAUCAGCGAAGCCUCGGGGUGAAAUGGAGCCUCAUGUUAGACCACCUUACCUUUCAUGUUCCUCAGGACGAAAGCCCUUACACACGCAGGGGCGUACUUUCAAUGGUGAACAGCCUCUUCGACCCAUUGGGGUUCUUGGCACCAGUGACUAUCCAGGGUCGGCUAUUGUUAAGAGAGCUGUCAGCACAGGCCUCGGACUGGGACUCACCCCUCCCUGAGGAAAUGCGUGAGAAAUGGACAGAGUGGCGAAGCUCACUGAGCCAUCUCAGCAGCAUUCAUGUGCCCCGCACAUACUUUUCCAUUCCCCCCUCUGAGAUACAAAGCAUUGAACUAUGCGUCUUUUCUGAUGCAUCUGUCAAAGCCAUAUCUGCUGUUGCCUACCUGAGAGUCACUAGCACCAAAGGGACAGUAGAACUGGGAUUCGUCAUGGGUAAAGCGCGGCUCGCCCCUCAGCCCGAACUCACAAUCCCCAGGCUUGAACUGUGCGCAGCGGUCAUGGCUGUUGAAAUCGCAGAGGUAAUAAGUGAAGAAAUAGACCUCCCACUCAACUCCGUCAUCUUUUACACAGACAGCAAGGUUGUCCUGGGCUACAUAUUCAACCAGUCAAGGCGCUUCUAUGUAUACGUAAACAACAUAGUUCAGCGUAUAAGACAAUCUACCAUGCCUGAACAAUGGCAUUAUGUGCCAACGGAUCGGAAUCCUGCAGACCAUGGCUCACGCUCUGUUCCAGCCUCAAGACUCAGCAACACCUCAUGGCUCACAGGCCCCUCGUUUCUCCUCAACUCUAAGCUUCCACCUGAGCAGCACACAGAGUUUGACCUUAUCAACCCCGAUAAGGACGUAGAAAUCCGCCCUGAAGUCAAAACCCUAUCCACACACGUCACUGAGAGCUUCCUUGACUCCAAACGCUGGGAGCGCUUCUCCACAUGGAGAUCACUGAUCCAUGCUGUGGCCAAACUCAGACACAUAGCCCUGUGUUUCGCUCACUCACAGAAUGAUGGAGACUGUGCUGGGUGGCACAUCUGUAAGAAGGCCAUCUCCAGUGGUACUCUCGAAGAGGCAGAGAACCUUGUCAUCUGGAGUGUGCAGCAUGAAGUCUAUGGAGAGGAGUUCCGUUGCAUCACUGCGAAAUGUGACCUCUCCAAGCAAAGCCCACUCAUCAAGUUGAAUCCCACCAUCGACAGCAGUGGCCUACUGAGAGUAGGUGGUCGUAUCAGUCAGUCAGGCCUUGAAGUAAAGGAAACAAACCCCAUCAUCUUACCUGGCAGUCAUCACAUCACCACUCUUAUUGUACGACACCAUCAUGAGAGAGUGCAGCACCAGGGCAGGCACUUUACAGAGGGCGCUGUCAGAGAGAGCGGCCUGUGGAUAAUGGGAGCAAAGAGGUGUAUUGGGAAGAUAUUAAACAAAUGUGUGAUUUGCAGACGACUCAGAGGCAAGAUUGAGGUGCAGCAAAUGAGUGAACUACCUGCAGAUCGUCUUCAGCCAGGCCCCCCUUUCUCACAUGUGGGCAUGGACAUGUUCGGGCCAUGGGAAGUGUCCGCAAGGAAAACACGCGGGGGUCAGGCUAAUAGUAAGAGAUGGGCAAUCCUGUUCACCUGUUUAUGCACAAGGGCUGUCCACAUCGAAGUGGUUGAAGAGAUGAGCGCUUCUAGUUUCAUCAAUGCUCUGAGGCGUUUCUUUGCGCUGCGCGGCCCAGCCAAACAGUUGCGCUCAGACUGUGGGACCAACUUUGUUGGUGCAUGCCGAGAAAUGGGCAUCAGCAUUGUAGAGCAGAGUGAAGUCCAGAAUUAUCUGCAAGAAGAAAAAUGUUCUUGGAUCUUUAACCCACCCCAUUCAUCCCACAUGGGUGGAGUGUGGGAACGCAUGAUUGGCGUUGCACGACGCAUACUGGACAGUGUGCUGCUGCGUGUUGGACAAGCACAUCUUACGCAUGAAUCACUCACCACUUUCCUUGCCGAGGUUACAGCCAUAAUUAACGCUCGUCCUUUGAUACCAGUCUCAUCUGACCCUGAGCAUCCCCACAUUCUGUCACCCUCCAUCCUGUUGACCCAGAAAUCAGGUACAUCAGUUCCACCUUUGGGAAGCUGCAGUCCAAGGGAGAUCUUAAAGAAUCAGUGGAAACGUGUACAGCUGCUGGCUGACGAGUUCUGGAAUAGGUGGCGCAAGGAGUAUCUUGGCACUCUGCAGUCACGGCACAAGUGGCAACACAAGAGACCAGAUCUCAAGCCAGGAGACGUUGUUCUUCUCAAGGAGAAACGGGUCAGGAGGAAUGAGUGGCCUAUGGGGGUUGUCGUUAAGACAGUCCCAAGCCAGGAUGGACUAAUAAGGAAGGCUGAAGUCAAGAUUGUUCAGCAAGGAACAACAAAGAACUAUUAUAGACCUAUUUCAGAACUAGUGUUCCUUCUAUCCCCAGAGUAAGGUAUCAUUCUAAUGUGUUAUGGUAUCUCUAAGAUACCAGAUGGGGAGUGUUCUGGCCCUACCAGCAGUUCUUAUGUUAAAGUAUGCAGAGACUUUUAUUUUGCCUAUUGUUUACACCCCACAUUGUAGCUGCAGGAAAUCUGUAGAGAGGAGAAGAAGAAAAAGUUAGACAGCAUGGUUAUAAGCAGCAUGGAAGUUUGUUGUUGUGCUCCUCCUUCUGUGUAGCUGUUCAAAGGCAUUCUCUAACCAUGGUGGACCUGGAGCCAGUCCUUGGAAUGUUGGGUGCAAGGGUCAUGGGGGAAGCUGGAGGCAGUCCCAGCUGAGUACACCCUGGGCAGGUUGCCAAGCUAUCACAGAGACAAGCAAGCAUUCACACUCACAUUCACACUCUGGGCAAUUUAGGCUACAUCCACACGACAACGGCAACGAGAUUUUAUUUUAAAAAAAUAUCGCGUCCACAUGGGCAAUGGAUCAGUAAAAUAUCAGGUACAUAUGGCAACGCAACGCUUGCUGAAAACGAUGCAAUACACAUGCCACACCUCUACGUGCGCUGUAAGACGGUCCCAUCGGAGACACCAGAACAAUAGAAGAAGUAGGACGCAUGCACAUAAACCCCUUCUUGUACCCGGCGUGAAGCACUCACAGGAACAAACACACAACAACAAGAAGAAGAUGGCUGCGACUACACGAGGAAAUCGUGCCUUCUGUGUGUACAAAUUAGUUUUAUUAGUGUGCAUAGUUUUAUAUAACUUAAUUUUCUUAUUGUGU